AUGGACUUGAAAUCCGGUACAUUAUUGGUACCACCGGCUGUUAAAAACUCUAGUUGUUCACAUCCCCGCUAUACCAGCCAUAAUUUCCUGCAGCACGUUGGCAUUGUUGAAACCGUUGAGGCAGUGCUAAUACUCAUACUGACGUUGGGUGUAAUCGGAGCCAAUGCCCUGGUGAUAUUUGUCAUAAAUAACAGACGCUAUUCGCCCUAUAUACAUCAGCAGCCCCGCUAUUUGCUAACAUCGCUGGCUCUGAAUGACCUCACCAUUGGUUUGCUUAUCACACCAUUUGGUUUAUUGCCAGCAUUGUUCCACUGCUGGCCUUAUGGUGAAAUCUUUUGCCAAAUUCAGGGUCUAUUGCGCGGUGCAUUGUCCCAACAAAGUGCCGUCAUACUUGUGUGCAUGGCCGUCGAUCGAUAUAUGUGUUCGUUGCAUCCGCGCCGCUACUAUCAACAUUCAAGUAAAAAG